AUUAAACACUAAAGAAGAAGACGUUGACGUCAUCAAAACAAGCCGAGCCGAGCAGCAUGGAGGGUCCGUCUCACUGAGGAUUUUUGACCUUCUAAAAUUAUUCCUUUCAGCUAGUUUCGGGUUGAAUAGAGCUUUCCAGGAUGUCGGUCAAGCAUGCAUCCGUCCAUGCGAAAUGGAUCAUCGGCAGAGUAAUAGGCACCAAGAUGUACAAAACUGCCAAAGUGAGAGUUACAAGGCUGGUGCUGGACCCUUACCUGCUGAAGUACUACAACAAGAGGAAGACCUACUUUGCCCAUGAUGCUCUGCGGCAGUGCACUGUGGGAGAUAUCGUCCUUCUAAAGGCUCUGCCUGAGGCCAGGUCCAAACAUGUGAAGCAUGAACUGUCUGAGAUAGUGUAUAAAGUCGGUCAGGUGGUCGACCCACUGACAGGGAAGAGAGUUGCAGGAACUGAGUUUGUGGAUCCUCUGACUGACCUUCCACUCAGCCUGGAAGAGGACACAACCUUAUCUGAAAAACUGCAGGAGCUCAACAUCUCUGCUGCCUCCAGUGGAGCUGAUUCCCCGCAAGCACAAACUCCCACUUCAUGAUAGAAAACUGCAGUCUUUUAUGCAGUAAUGUUUUGCUUAGAUUAUGUUUCUGUUUCAGGUGUUCAUGUAAAUAUAAAUGUAUAAACAAGUAAUCAGUAUAUGUCAAUCAAUGUUGAGAGCCUAAUUACAUUUUCUUUACUACCUUCUCAGGUAGUUUUGAGUUCAAGACACAUUUCUUUGAGGAAUUUACAAUAAAAUGACAAUGAGAGGGCA